AUGAGUGCAUUUCAGAUGGACGGACCGCCCGAGCCCAUAGCCAGCGACUACGUCGAGCUAGCCAUCCUGGUCAUAUUGUUCGUAGUUGGUGCUCCACUCAAUUUGGCUGCGUAUACUCAGGUAUGGUUAAUAUAGUUAAAAGGAAAUGACAACAUAUAUUUUAUAAACAAAAUGGUACUUCGAAGAAAGUAUUGUUUUAAGUGAGCUCUUCCGAAUACUAUUUAAAAACCCCUGCCUAUUAUGUUGUUAUUGCCUUCGCUAGCUGUUUUUUUGUAAAAUAAUGUUGUUUUUAAGCAUUGUUUUUGUUUGUCCAGGAAUUAUUGUCACUUUUACAAAUUAUAAUUUUCAGACAAAAGUGGAUUUCCAAAUUACUGGCUUUACAUUUUAAAUUACAGCCUUUACAACAGUUGACUUUAAGGCAUUUUGAAAUUCAAAAUUAUGGCUUUAAAAUUAAAUUUUUUUAUUUUUUAAGUUUGACAUGCCUUUUAAAAAAUUUCUAAACUGUAAGGUUAAGGCAUUAAAGUUGUUUUAAAAUGACAUUUUUUAACUUCGAAAUUAGUAUCCAUAGAUAUGGUGUGCUUUAAUACCAAAAACUAUUGAUAUUGCAGUAGCAUAGAUAUAAUACGCUCUAAUACUGAAAACUCAUAAACAAACUUGUUAUAGUAGGCCGGGUAACUCAACUAUAAAUAAUGUUGGGCAUAAACAGAAUUUCGAAAAAUGUUAAAAAGUACAUUUAGAGGCAAAAAGUUAAUCUUUCUAAUGAAUGUUAUUGGAUUGGCGUAAGUUAUGUUAUGCUUUGCUUAACUCCCUGAGUUACAAGUUAUGUUAGGCUUUCCUUACCAUUAGACCAGCUUUUUUAGGUUUAUUGAACCCUAUUUUGAUUCAAAAAUGUUUUUGAAAUGUCUCAAAAAGUUGAAAUUCCUCGAAAAACAGAGAAGGCAAAAGUGGCCGUAUAGGUUUAUAAAGGGCUACGUGACGAUGUAAAAGCAGCCAUAUAGGCAUUUAUAUGAAAAGUCAAUAGUAUUUCGAAGUAAGAACAAAUGUUUAAGUGUCGUCAUGAUAAACAAGUUUCAGCUGGCCGAGAGACCUGUUUGUACUCGACUUGACAUUCUCAAGCGACAUCUCAACUACUCCGACCUACUAGUACUCUUCAUUUAUGUACCGUCGAGGGCAUGUUGGCUACUGACGUAUGACUGGAGGGGCGGUGACUUCCUAUGCAAAUUAGUCAAGUUUCUGCACACUUUUGCUUUCCAGGUAAUCUUUAUUUAUAUGAACUUUUAAUUUUUUUAAAUGUUUUUAAAAUUUUAAUUGAUUUUAUGUUUUUUCUCUGAACUUUUCGACCGAAAACUCACUAUAACUUUUCGACUCAAAAAAAGUAAAAAUAGACACAUUUGAGUCAGGUAUAUAUAUCAUGUGUUGUAUCGCUCUUUUUAAACUUUUUUUUAUUUCAAAAAGAGAAAUUGGCAGGCUUAAAACACAGCUGAGCCUUAGGGCUAAUUGGCUUUAAUAACCAAGGAGAGAGCUUUUAUUCAAUUAAACAUAGUAACAUAGACAUAAGUGCAUUCUGACAUGUCCAAAUUGUAGUUAUAAAGAAACAUUGUCAAUAAUAUGGUGUAAAGUAACAUAUGAUAUGUUCUAGGCAUACUUAACUUAAUAUAAUUAACUUAGCAUAUAACAUAAUAUUAUACUUAAAAUGAGUUAAAAAUAAAUACAUGACAUUUCAAAGCAGAUUUGUGUACAUAAAUGUACAUUAUAUUAUAGUAGGUGGUAAAUUAAAAUGCAUUUUUAGAGUUUGCAUAAUAAGAGUAGGUGCUGAUACUAUAAUAUGCAUUAAUAGAAAAGCUAGUAAUGAGUAUAUUGUCAUAAGAAUGGCAGAAUGCUGAUACCAAUUUGUUUUUCUGAAGAUGUUUGAGCUUUCUUUUGGUUCCUACUUUUGGCUAAUUUUCUAUAGAUACUGGGUAUGGCUGUGACAAACAGAUCAAAGAUUUUAAUAUUAGUCAUGUAGGGUUUUAAAUUGGAGAGUAACUGUUAUUGGCAUGAGAAUGUUACGGUAAUGGCAUGCUUAAUAUUUACUAGGGUAGAAGUAUUACUUAGGAAGAAAGAGGGGGGGGGGAAUUAAUUAUUGUAAAAUUAGCUAUGAUAAUAUAUAAAACUAUUCAAAAACUCAAAUGCUUUAGUUUUUCUUAUGACAAUAUUGUAUGUAUUUUGCCUACUACAACGCCCUACGUAUUCUUUGCAGAUCUCGUCCAAUGUGAUCGUAGUAAUAGCCAUAGACCGUCUCUUGACAGUCAUGUCCUCAUCACAUCAUCGACCGGAAAGAGCCCAUAAGCGGACCAAGUUAAUGUUGUUGGUGGCGUGGGUAGCGGCGUUUGUGAUUUCGGCUCCACAGUUCGCCGUCUGGAGAGCGUACGAAGCCUUCAAGGACAAGAAGUGGAGUCAAUGCAUGCAGGUAUGGUAAUAGGAUAUAUGCAUUUAUUUAGCAUUACUAUUAUUUAUCUUCAUUGCUUUACAUUACUGUUCUAUAUAUACAUCGAUUAGUAGGAUAUGUUAAUAGAAUGGGAGUAUAAUUAACAUUAGAAAUUUAAAGUUAUGCAUCUGAUUAGGGUAAUGUAGCUUCAGAUAAUGUUGCUUUUGGUUCUUAAUUUAUGCAUUUUUGGUUGCAUUUGUUCUUUCUAAAGUAAUGUUAAUAUAAGGCAGAAGUAAGCCUACUUUAAUAUUCAAAUUCUCGUGAAAUACAUUUUAUGAAAAUCUUUUGAAUUUUGAUGAGUUAUCGGUAUAGAAAAUGUAAAUUUGCGUCAAGUUUAGGCUAUCAAGCAAAAAAUAAAAACUAAAAGCUACCUCUUUGUAUAUUGCACUAGCUCUCAGUAUUAAAAAUUUUAAACAUUUAGUCUGAAAACAAUUGCAAAAAACGCUAAAACAAGAUGUAGUAUUGUGUAAAUCAGACUUCUGAACUCUAAAAUUCGGAGUUAUAUAUAGUUUCUUAAAAUUACAUUAUCUUUCGUCUCCCUCUAUUUAGUGUUUUUGAUUGUUAUGUGUAAUAUGUCAUGUAUAACAUGUUGUUCAUGACAAUUCAAUUAAGUAAUGUUGUUUUUAAUCAAAAUGUCAUUUUAGAUAUGGGAGAUAUUCCGCGCCGAGGCCGUUCUCAACAAUAACACUCAAAUAAACGCCAACGAACUGAUGCGCGAAGAGAACGUGUACGUCGUUCUGCACAUGCUUCUCAUCUUCUGGAUUCCGGCUACUAUUGUUAUGGUAAGGGACUGUUUUGAAGGGUUUUCUGUAUGUAUUACAGUAGGUAGGGUAAAGUUUUGAUAUUAAUGUAGUUUGUGGUCUUGGUAAUAUAGCUAUAGGUAACACUGUGAUUAGUUUUGAUACUUUCACUAACACCCUUAACAUUACAAGGUUUCUUAACAUUAAAACGUUGUUAAGGAAGUCGGUUAAGCUUAAGCCAAAGCUAAAACUCUAACUAAGGCUUAAUCUCUUAACAGUUUUAAAGGCUUAAAAAGUAAUCAAAGUUUGUUAUUUCAGCUGAGCUACGUCAUCGUAUCUUGUUGGGUUUACUGGAACAGUGAGCCGUCAUUGUUGAUAGCGCAUGGCAGAGCUAGUGCUGACUCUCGUGCUGGGAUUUCAUAUCAUACUGGGAUGGAGACGCUGGAUACUGUGGUCACUAAGACUACCGGCGUUCAGUUUGGUAUGUUUGUUAUGGUAUUGGUAUCCUUUUAAUGUUUUUACCGCUUAUGGGUUGAUUUUAAUAUUAUAUCGUCUGGUCUUCCAUUUUUAAUGUUACGAUACUGUUUACAGUACUCUAACUUCUCUGUUUGUCUGUGUUUUGUGCAGCUUAGUUUCUGUAUUCAUUUUACAGCUAUUAUUAUGCAAAACAUAUGACGUAAAGGUCAGGGCCGGGCGCGAGGUGGGGGGGGACGGGGGGGGAUACCCUCCCAGAAAAAAAUUUUCGAACAAAUUUGAACGUGGUCCCCCCCCCCUGUGGAUUUUCGGAAAAAAAUUUCGCAAAAAAUCGGCACAGGUAACCUGUGCCAAUUUUUUGGACCCCUGCCCCCAGACCAAAAGUCCCCGUUCGGCCCUGGUAAAGGUAUAUAACACUAGAUUUACAAUAACGUUGUCAUUUACAUUACUAUUCGCCUGCAAAGUUGUUUGCAUUUGUUACAUUUACAGCUGCAAAUCCGAAAAUAGUAAUUAGUGACGAUACGAUAAAACCUCUGAAUGAGCAACGAGCUUCAGCUGGCUCGGCCGACACCCUCAGGCACAAUUCCACGAACACCGUGAUAACACCGGCCAUGAGGCGAAGUCAUUCCACAUUCAGUGCCAAAGUCAACAGGUGCGAUUAUAACUAUUCUUGGCACAGUAACUUUCAAAAGCUUGGUAGUAAACGAGUAUAACAAUGACUUUAACUACAGUAGAGAAGAUACUGUAACAAGAAAUUAUAAACAUUUUGUUACAGUAAAAAAAUUGCCAUAGAAAAGCAGAGUAUUAUUUAUAAAAACAAUUUUUGGUAGAGUAAACUCAUAUUAAACUAAAUCACUUUCAGAAGUCGAGCAAUAAGAGUCAGUUUCCUGCUAGUAGCCGCUUACAUAAUAUGUUGGCUACCGUAUAACGCUCUCAGUCUUAUACAGUUUGUGGAUUCGGAAAUAUUCAGUAAACACGCAAACAAAGUAAGUUCAUCAAGAUAAGAAGCAAUACCAUAAAAGGGCUUUGUCUGUCUUUAUGAAAAAGUGGUGCAGGCUGUGGAAGUGAGGGCGCGGGUCUCAAGUUGGGUUUUUGUGGUUUUAUCUUUCGAAAAUGACUAAAAAUUUGAGGUCAAUAUUAACAUAGACUAUUCAUGUUCGUUUCGACGCAAUUUUAUUCCAUAGUAGCCCAAUUGUUAAUUUGUAAGAUCAAUAUCAAUGAUAAGAUCUUUUAUACUCAGAUAAACCCCAAAACAUAGGCAUUUACUUUGACUUUUCAGCUGUACUGUUUACACGGAAUGAUGGUGUUUAACUCGGUGGUGAAUCCAUAUUUGUACGGGUUGUUUGGCAAAAUGUGUCGGACCAAACGGAGACAUUCCUGA